AUGUCGAACCCACUUGCCCACGCCAAGAUUGCUCUCCGCCGAUCCAGUGACCGUGGAUACGCUGAACAUGGCGGCUGGCUGAAAUCUUUCCAUACUUUCAGCUUCGCCGGCUAUUACGAUCACCGAUUCCAGAAUUUUGGAAGUCUGCGUGUUCUAAAUGAGGACCGUGUUGCAGCGCGCAAUGGAUUCCCAACGCAUCCGCAUCGCGAUGCGGAAAUCUUCAGCUAUAUCCUAAAUGGUGAGCUCACGCACCGGGAUAGCAUGGUUAAGAAGGGCUCCGAAGGAGAGCAAGGAAAACAAUUUUACCGAAUGAAGCGGGGAGAUGUACAAUUCACCACAGGCGGAACGGGAAUCGCACACUCGGAGCAGAACGAAUCCAACAAGUCGGUUCACUUCCUUCAAAUCUGGGCACUUCCCUGGAAGCAUGGCCUCAAGCCACAGUACCACACUAUGGCAUUUAGCGAGGAAGCAAAGCGCAAAGCAUUUGUUCCUAUCUUAUCCCCGCUUGCUGCGGGACCCGAAGCUACCCCAGCACAGGAAGAUGCUGCCGUGCCCAAAAUUUCCGGUACUAUCCCCAUUCAUGCUGAUUUCGUCAUGGGGGCUGGAAUUAUUGAGCCAGCCUCGACAUUUAAGUGGACUAUUGGCGCCGGAGAAGCUGUCGAGUCCAGGAAGAAGCGAAAUGUAUAUAUUCACUUGCCUAUGACCAAACAGGGCAAGUCCAAGGUUAUGAUCGAUGGUAGGGAGGACGCCGUUCUUGAGGAGGGCGAUGGGGCUUUUAUUACAAUGGUAAAUGCUGGGGAUGCGCUCCGCGUGGAGAGUGUCGGGGAAGUAGAGGCGGAGGUGAUUGUGCUAGAUAGCAACUGA